AUUUACUUUCUAAAAUGGCGGACACCGGGCAGAAAUGCGAGUUGGAGUUACUGUUUUUUGAUACAUUUUCACAUGAAAAUGCUGAGGAGUUGAAUUUGGACCUUGUCCAGUUCCCAAGACCAGUUCUUAUUCAAGAAGUCAGAAUUAUUCCCCUUCAGACCAGGGUUCAGGCUGAUGUGCCAGGAGGUGUGAGAUUAGGUGCAACAAACCCAUCAUCCUUUUCACUGGAGUUGUAUGUGAACAACUUGAAUAGACCCAAUGCAGCCACUUUUGAGAAACUGGGAGUAAUAAGUUACAAAGAAAAUGUGGACAUUCAGAUGAAAACAGAUGCAGAGGUGCCCACUGAUGGCUUGAUUUUAAAGGGAUGGUACAACACCCUAACUGUGGCUAUCUAUGGGUCACUAACUGUGGUCAAACCAGAGACUGCUUCUCCUCCACCCCCUCCUCCACCCCAGCCCAGAGCCAAACAACCUGUUGACGUAAGAGCAAGUCAGGCAUCAGAAGCUCCAAGUCGACCAGAAUGGGAACCACCAAGUCGACCAGACUGGGAACCACCACGUCAAGGGAGCAAACCCCAGCAGCAGCACCCAUUGGACUACAUCAACCAACAAGUGCAGGCAGCUCAGGCUGCAGCCCAGGCUGCCCACGGUCACAUACCCCCCUCACAGGGCAUUCCUCCGUCACAGGGUCUAAUGCCACCAAGUAUCCUGCAGCCAGGAGUACCACCUCCAGUAAAAUCUGACCUUUACCCAGAUCAGUAUCACCAGCAGGCACACAAUAGGCCGGAUUUCAUGGCCAGCCCAAAAGUAGGCAUGGAGCCCAGAGAUGCUCAUUACGACCCAAGGGUAGAAUUGAGACCGGGGAAAGAUGGGCAGUUUGGAGGCAAACCUUACGAAGAAGGAGAUUACAGAGGAGGAAGUCGAGAGAGGGAGACCUCCAGAGACAGAGAUGUGAGAGGUCGAGAGUCUGACAGGGAACACAAGCAGAAGGAAUGGGAGAGAUUUAGAGAAAGGGAGAGGGAACGCACGGAGUCUGAAUCAAGGGACUAUCCCAGAAGUCCCACAAGAAGGAGGUCAUGGUCAAGAUCACAGUCCAGAUCUAGAUCAAGGUCGUUUUCAAGGUCACCAAGAAGAACACCUUCAAGAUCUCCACGACGGUCAGCAUCAAGAUCACCAAGAAGAUCAGUGAGGUCUGUGUCACACUCCCCAAGAGCUUACUCCAGGUCACCUCAGAGAAGGUCAAGGUCACCAAUAAGAUCUAGAUCUAGAACACCUAUUAGAUCUAGGUCAAGGUCAUAUUCACCAGAAAGACAAAACAUGGCCACACCUAGAUCACCAGUACAAACUCCUUUGUCCCCCAGGUCUGGAUCACAAUCGCGUGAACAUGAGUCCCCAAUACGACCUAUCCCUCGACACCCAAGAGACCCUUCACCCCAGUUCUUCAGGGAACAGUCCCCCACACAAGAGGAAAUCAUGGAGGGAGGUGAGGUCAUUGACGAAGUUGGAGAUGACACUCUGUUUGACCCCCUGUCACCAGACGCUGUAGGAUAUUCUGAUCAGGAUGAACUCCAGGAUGUUGACAGAGACUAUGAAAGCAUAUCUUCUGGUGAUGAGCUGCCCAAUAUGGAUGAAAUUGAUCCAGAUUUACAGGACUUUGAGGAAAUUGACGAAUCCUGUACUUUUCCCACAGUAUUCAAUCCUUUUACCAAGGAAUGUACAUCUCUGCUGACCUUCCCAGACGUGUGCAUGACUGAGUAUGAACAAGAGAAACAGGCGUUAGAGAAAGCUCCCAACAGUCAGGAGGAGAAUCCCCCGGGGGCCAAGGCUAUUCUCUCAUUGAUUGACCAGUACUCGGACAGUGAUCAUGAUGAGAAAUGGGUGACCGCCCUAGAAGAUCUGCCAGCACAUUUUGCCCAGGGCUUAACAUGGCUGCUUGUAAAGGAGAAAAGAAAAGAUGUCCUGGAGACGCUGAUUGAGUGGACGUUAGAGGGGCUGGAUGAAGAAAAAGCCAUGAAUCAACCAGAGAGUGCAUUUAAGAUCCGGCAUCUUAAAAUGGGCAUCACCCUAGCAGGGGCUUUGUGUACUUGUGAUGCAGAUGUUUGUGUCCAGGCUCUGGUGCAAGGUGUACAGACGAGGUUAUUGGAUCUGCUGGCUUCCCCUUUCAUGUCUUUCUCCAUCAAAGUACAAAUUGUUCGAACCUUGGACCAGACGACAUACUUUGUGGAUGGCAUACAGUGGCUGCUGGGAAGGCACAGUAAGCAACAGGGAACCGAAAAAUCGCAGGACACUUGUUUCCAGAGAAUCCUUACCUUGAUGCUGAAGAAGCAGAACAUAAGAGUUACUGUUGCUAUGACAGCAUUUAUUAGAAAGAUCAACUCGUAUGAAGUACUACAGAAGAUGAAUGCUGAAGUCAAAAGUAUACUGAAGGCCACACCCCCAGAUGGGAAGACAGAGAAUAACCCUGAUCCAUUAGCUGACCAGCAGAUGGAGCCACUGUCAGAAGACGAGGUCAUCAGUGAGGUCACCAUGGACAACAUCAUCUCAUAUAUCAAGGAGGCCACCAAACUGUUCAGAAUAGCUCCACAUAUCAUUGCCCAGUUGAGCAGAAGUUUACCAGGCAAGGCCAUGUUUACCAAGAAGCCCCCAGCCAUCGACCCGUACCCAGGCCUGUACUGUGUCAUCAAAAGCUGUGGUACUUUGGAGUGUCUGUUUCACUUGCUGUCGAACCCCCUGACCUUUGCCCACACUCAGUUGUUUGCUGCCAUACAGGACUGUAUACGGUCUCUCCUCUACUCUCAGCACGGCCUGAGGUUCUUAUUCUCCAGGAGAGAAACAACCAAUGGCAUCAUCAAGUGUCUGUUACAGGAUGAUGGACAGGAUGACGGGGAGGAGAAUCCUAUCCAGCACCUGGGGGUAGAGAUGGUCAUGUAUUUAAAAACUCUCCAGUGUAUUGAUCAGAUACGGAAAUUCCAGUCUAAAGGGGAGCAAGAGAAUUCGGAGAUUAUUCCAACUCUCCAUGAACUGUACACUAUAACCUUCACAGCACAAGGUCGACAGGUCGUCAUUCAGGUCAUCUGCAUGGAGAAAAAUCUGGAAACUUUACUUCAGUUGGUGGAAAAGAAAGGUGAAGAAGACAAGGAUAAGAGAAAGAAGUCGGUUGUGGUGGCUUACACUGUCUCUCUGAUUCUAAUGAUUAUCAGACAUUCCACGGACAUGGCUGUCAUGGAGACAUUUGGAGCCAGGCUUGUGACUCUCAGUGAGGAAGACUUUAGCAGUAAGCUGUUGGAAAUGCAGGAGUGGUUACUACCAUUUAAAACAGUGACAGAUUUAACACAAGAUGGUGUGGCUGCAGUAGUGGGUCACCUCAAACAGUACACAGAGGACCUCCAGAAGGUACCUCGAGGCCUCAUCACAACCAUGAGGAUUCUACGACACAUGGCCAUAGCUCCUGAAAAUUUCUACCCUGAUGAUGUUCCAGAUGAAUUAAGAUUCAAGUAUGCAUUAGCGGAGAUGUAUGGUUUGGAUUGCCUCGGUGUCUGCACCACUGUAUUACAGAAGGUGUCAGAAAUCCUGCUACGUCCAUGGCAGAGAGGGAUCACGCAGAGUUCCGAACAGAUCACAUACCAUCUGUCUGUAGUUAAGCCCACCCUGGAGAUCGUACAACAUACACUGUGUUACCUCAUCAAGGCCAGGGGCACAGAGUUUAAGGACCUGUCUGGAUUAUUGGUGCUGUUUGAGUUACACACAGUUCUGUGUUCCGUUCCAUUGUCAUCAAACCACAUGGAGGAAAUGCAAGAGAUACAGAAGAUGACACUGGACACGUUGUUGGCCUACACUCAGCCUUUACCUGCCCAGGCAGAGACUGAUGAAGCUUUGAAUGAGAGUUUGUGGACAAGGACUUUAAAAGAAUUGCUGAAGUACACAACCAAGGCCCCCUACACCUAUCUGAGUGGUCUGCUGAUCUUGUCUGAGAUGUUACCUCUCCCUCUCCCUCUACAGACAAAGGAGCCCUUGUCGGAGGCGGAAGUGACGGUGACGGUCACCAACAGGAAGUUAUGGAGUAUCCAUCUUCACUGCCUGAGUCAGCAGAUCCAGGAAAUGAUCCAGGUCCUGGCCACUUCCACCUGUCAGCCAUUACAGCUUGUCCUCCGCAGAGUCUGUUGGCAGCUCUCCGAUCUGUCGGCGCCCAGCGCCAUCAUGGUGGCAAGGUGUGUAUUGGACAUGGUUGUGGAAAGUUUUGCUACACUAAGACGACUACCAGAAAAAAAGGAUGAAGGGGAGACUACUGAAGACAGGAUGGAGAGGGUUGCGUCCCCUUAUGCCAGUAAAAUGCUGAAUCUACUGGCCUAUGUAUUGUCACAACCCUCGGUUAAGUGUGCAGCUCUGCAGCUGAUGACUCAGAAUGGUGCUGAUUCAGAUACGACAAAGUAUGCAGAAUUGUUGCCACAGAUGUUGGAGAUUCUGAACACAGUGUGCGAGACGGGCCCUCAUGUGAACAGCCAGGAGUGUAUAGUGUCAAUCAUCCAGAGCCUAUGUGAUCCUGAAGUAGCAUUAGUUUCGGGGGAAAACAUCUCGGUACAAGAGCAGAUUGCACUUGCCUUGCCGGACGGGAACUACAUGACACAGAUUACCACUGCUUUAUUAGAUCACAUGGGUAGUGCGGAUCACAGCUACGCUUCUAUUCUGCCGUGUGUCCGGACGCUGGUCAUGCUAACAGACCAUGACUAUGGAUUUUUCUACUUAAAGAGUGUAUUGGAGCAGAAAACAACAGCCAUUGGGCGUCUAAUGGUGCGGAUCAACACAACCUUCAGUAAGGAUAGUUCUGACUGUCUCUCCACCUUAUCCACCCUGCUGGAGUUUCUCCGCCUGUUGAUGACGGUGGAGCGACCCCCACUGGAGUCUCUGACUCCGCCGCGGACCUACACACUGUCCCAGCAGGAACUACAGGAGGUUCUGUCCUGGAACCCCAGCAUGGAGAAUCACCCCCUGCUGGAUCUAGAGAAACUUGUGGAGGAAAGUGCAAAGGAUGAGGAAACUCUGGAGAGUUUGUAUGAAAGCAUGACAGGAUUGAUGAAGAUGCUCAGAGAGCCGGAGGGGAGGGAGAAAAAAGUGUUGACAGAACCCCCUGCAGUGUUGGAGUCCCUCAGUAACCUGUACAACAAGCGGGCAGUGUUCAUCGUCACCGAGAUCGAGGAUGAGAGACUGAACCCCGACUACUGGCUGUCUAAUCCCUCAGUGGAUGUGGCAGACAUUGAGCCAGACCUCACAAUGGCUAACUUACAGGAGAUGUGCAGGAAGUACUGCCCCGAGUUCAAUCUGGAGGAGGAGCUGAAAAAGACCGUGAUUACAUCACAAGCCGAAGUCACCAAGCCCCGCAGGAUCAAAAUAGGAGACAGACGGAAAUCACAGGAGAUCAGUAUUUACAGAGGAAGAGGCAUCAAGAGACCAUUCGUGGCUCCAAUGCGAGGUCGUGGAAUUGCCAGAGGCAUGAUGGGAGCGAGCGGUAGAAUGGACUCGUUCCGUACCCGAACACCUAACACUAGCAGGCCUCCAUCAAUGCAUGUGGACGAUUUCAUGAAGUUGGAGAAAGGUCAAGAUGACAGAGAUCCCAAUGCUGUGUCACCAAUCAGAAGGGUGGACUCGAUUAUACAAAGGGAUGGUACCAGAAACACAGGAAGAGGAAGGGGAGGUAACUUUGAACGGGGAGGUAACCGUGGAAACAGAGGAAGAAGCAGUUUCUUUACUCCGCCUGCAAACUAUGCCAGACGGGAGUCCAACAAUAUUUAUGGCCUGCAGACCCAAAACAGACAACAGACUUACAUGUUUGGAGGAGGAGGUCUUAAUACGAUCAACCAAGGUGGAAACAGGGGAGGUUAUGGCAACAGCCGACCCAAACAACAGACCUUUGACAGCUUUAGCAGAAUACUCCACCCCUUGUCAGCUGAUAGACAGGUUAACAAUGGCAGGGACUUUCGUUUUGCAGUUCAAAAUAACAGUGGUCUUUAUCACCCAAGAGACACCAACCAACAAACUGGAAGAUUUUUGGGAGCUGGUUUCCGCGUCCCGAGAGAUAACUCAGAUAGAGGAAGGCAUGCUAGGUCCUUCACAAAGUGAAAGUAACUUCAUAAAGUGAAAGUAAAGGGAUGGUUCAAGUUCUGACAUUCUGAAAGGGAUAGUACAAGUUCUUGCUGAUUUGCUCUAUUGAAGAUGGAUUCAUUGUUGUGUAACCAUUGUGUAGUUACUCAGCAAGUCGAAGAAAUAAUUAAACCAUGGUCAAAACCAUUAACAUUUCCCCCAACCUUUACACUAAAAAUACAUCAAUUAAAAGCAAAGUAGGCAUUUUUGUAACAGUGUAUAACACUUUCUGUUGUAUAUUUUAUAGUUUUUAAUUUUAGAAAUAAUUAUAAAAUAUUUUCACCAUGGUUUCCCUAUCUUAAUAAAUCGACAAUGAAGAUUGUGUAAUUAGAUAUUUAUUAACAAGAUUUUAUUCACAUUGCAUCUGCAUAAAAUUAAAAGGAUAAAAUGAAACUGUUAUACAAUGAGUGUGUGUAUGAAAUGUUGUAAUAAAGCUCGAUGCUUUCA